AUGUGUAGUCAUGUGAUUUUGUUUCUUUGGCUACUCCAAAAUUUUUUCCUUCAUGUACAUCAUAAUUAUUCUUGCAGGGCAUUUGGUGCAUUUGUAAUAUUUCCCGUUGUUUUUUUUUCAAAAACAAUUUUUUUGUAUAUGACAGUAAAUUGUUUGAAAUCCAACUCUUAUGGGCGUGUGUUGCGCAAAGACAAUUAUUAUUCAAUUUCCGUGUUAAAUCAAGAAAAAAGAUACUACUUUUGUCUUCCCAUUUAUACACUCAAUAUUAAUAAUUGUAAACGUGUUUUGAUAACUUCAAAUGACGAAAAUAAAAAGUGUAUAGAAUGUUCAGAUUCAUUUAAAUUAAAAAAUGGAACAUGCUCUGAAUAUUUUGAAGAUGUAAUUGAAUAUAAAGAUAAUAUGAAUGAUCAAACAAAAAAUACUUUAAAAAAGAACAACAUAACCAGUAAAUUAAAAGGCGUUGUUGAGACGAAAUGUCUCUUAAGAACAAACAGAGGAUGUUCACAUUGUUCUGAUGGAUAUUACCUUUCUUCUGAACACAAUGAAGUUUAUAAUAAUUUCAAUUUAGAAUGUCUCAAAUGCGAAAAUGUUUGUAAAACGUGUUAUAAUUUGACGUACUGCACUUCAUGUUUAUCUUCUUAUUUUCUAAACUCUGAAAUAAAGUGUCAGAGUCUUGGAGAAUUAUCCGAGAAAUGUUCAGUGAAGUUGCCCACAGGUGGAGGUUGUGCUAUAUGUAAAAACGGGUUUUACAAAGUCGAGAAAGAUUGUUUGACGUGUGAUAUAUCUUGUGAUACUUGUGUAAACUCGUAUUCGUGUUUGUCGUGUUCUGAUGGCUAUUUUACAAUUUCUGGUGAAUCCAACAAGUUGUGUGAAAACAACAAAACGCUUAAAAAUUGUUCCAAAGCGACGACAAACGGUUGUAUUGUCUGUGAUGAUGGGUUUUUCAUCAAAAAUGGUCGAUGUAAUAAAUGUUCAGAUAAUUGUACUGUGUGUUCCUCGGCUGAAAUUUGUGAUUUGUGUGUUACUCCAAAUUACGUUUUGACAAAUUCAAAGUGUCUGUAUUUCUCAUCAGUUGAAAAUUGUAUCGAAGCAAUUGACUCAAAAUGUGUAAAAUGUGAAGGUGCAAAUCAGCCCUCUGAUGAUGGAGAAAACUGCCUUCACAACACCAGUUAUGGUCUUAUAGUUGGAGUACCAAUUUCUAUUUCAAUUGUUAUUAUAAUAUCAAUCGCAACAUUUAUCAUCAUAACAUAUUCAUAUGUACUUAAAAUAAAACAAAAGAAAGUUUCGCUAAACGUCUGCACCUUCUUGAUGAGUCGUUCAAACAUCGAGAUGUAUAAAUUAUGUGACACUUUAGUUGCCAACAAAAUUAAAUUGAAAUUUGACCUUAGCAGUGAUUCUGAGUUGAUAAAGGUUGAUACCGAAACAAGGGAUUUAAUUUGUAUCGGAAACACUUCAAAAAACAACAUGAAGGUACAAUUCAGUGUUUUAGAGGGAUGUGAUUGUUACAAAAUUCGGACGGUGCCUUCAAUUGUUACUUUAAAGCAUGGAGAAGCGUGUGAAUUUGAGAUAUUUAUAAACCCAUUAUGUUCGUGUGACAUAAAAGAUGAUAUUAUGGUCAUUGGAUUGGAAUUGAAAACAGGUACACAAUAUAACGAACGAGUCAAAAUUGAAACAAAUACUGAAAACACCACAAAAUUGAAUUAUAAUGAACUUGAGGAAACAAAGAAAAUAGGCGAAGGGUCAUUUGGGAUUGUGUAUAAAGGUAAUUACAGAGGAAAUGUCGUCGCAAUUAAAAGAAUGAAAGAGAGUACUAGUGAUGAAAAAGGGAAGAUGGUGGAGUUUGAAAAUGAAGUUUCAAUGCUAUACAAAUUCCGAAGUGAGUUUAUCGUACACUUUUAUGGGGCCGUAUUCAUUCCGAAUAAAGUGUGUUUAGUCACUGAAUUUGCUCAAUUUGGAAGUAUGCAAGACUUAAUGAAACACAAAACAAACAAAGAAGUCGAUGUCAAAAUGCGAAUAAAAAUAAUGAUAGAUGCGGCACAGGGGAUAUAUUACUUACAUGAAAAUAACAUAUUACAUCGAGAUAUAAAACCGGAUAACAUCCUUGUUAUUUCACUUGACUUGAAUGAGAAAGUCAAUGGAAAAUUGACUGAUUUUGGAUCAAGUCGAAAUAUUAAUCUACUAAUGACGAACAUGACAUUCACUAAGGGUAUUGGAACACCGACUUACAUGGCUCCUGAAAUUUUGAUGAAAGAAAAAUACAAGAAAAAUGCUGAU